AUGCCUUUGGCAUUUUUGGGACCUCCAAUUUUUUUCAAAGGACUUGGGAUGCCAUGUGGUGGUCUCAACCCCUGGGUGUUGCCAGACCCAGCAGCUGCUGCUGGCUAUGGGAUGAAGAGUGGCAAUGAGCGACCCAGGACCAGGACCGAUUCUGUCCAGUCUGCCCAGAACGAACCCCCGCCAGUAGUGAAGAGUGAAUCGGAAUGGGUGACUGUCAUGAUCCGCAACUUGCCGAACAACUACGGCAGAAAUGACGUCGUGGCUCUUUUGGACGAGCAGGGCUUUUUGGCCAAAUAUGACUUUGUGUACCUCCCUAUAGACUUCAAGAAUUCCAGCGGGCUUGGCUACGCUUUUGUCAACAUGGUAAGCCAUGAAGAUGCUUUGGAAGUGAUGAACAAACUUGGAGGCUUUAAAGAUUGGAAAGUCCCCAGCCAAAAGGUUUGUGAGGUGGCAUGGGGCAACCCAGAGCAGCUUGACAGAAUCUGCAUGACCAACAAUUGGCGAAGUUCAUUGCAUUGA